GCAGGGACAGGGGGUGGUGCAGUGGCUGAUGAACACCGCGAUUCACGAAAGAUCGCCCGAAAGAAAUCGAACCCCACUCUGUCCAGUGCUCCGACCUCUGCUGAAGCACCGACACCAGUAAACGAGGGUACCGUCCGUCACUCUGGGAGAAUGCCUGGUCUUUCUAGUGAGCAGCAACCACAACAGUCCAGUGCUUCUGCUCCAUCUAGACAUCGUCGUGGUGUCCAGCAACGGGCAUCCUCUAGUAACUCCGCCGAUAGCAAAGAGGAUGAUGAUCGACUUUCGUCGGGCUCAAAAAAGUCCAAGCGUUCGCACCAUCAUCACCACCGGCACGCAGCUGAUUCAACCGGCGACUCCUCACCGCAAACUGCUUACGCGUCCACGGCAUCUGAACAAACAUGGGUCAGCACCGCUAAAAAUAUGCAGGUGUGCUACCGAACAUCCCUUCUAGCGGCUGUCGUGUUUUAUGAGGUGGAAUUUACUGCAUCCAACAUCCGAUUUGUCAGUACGUCUAACGUCACUGUUGUGAAGUUUCUGUUCAGCAUGCCCGUGCGUAACACUUCUGGGGGGGUGCAUUUUAUCUCUAUCAUAUUUCAUGCCGUACCUAGAAUCUGGUGCCUGUAUAAACCAAUCAGCUCGCCAAUGCCCGAUCCUGGUUAUGAUAUCACAUGUGCCAAAAUAAAUUUCAGGAUAAAUGAAGAUUUUGAUGGAUUCGCUUUGAAAAAAAGACUGGCUAAUACGAAAAACGCACAAAUGGCGCAAAUCAAAUCUUUGUAG